CGAAGCUCGCUGUCCUGGGCCCGACCCUCCGGGCGGAUGGCGGGUGGGAGACCAGACAGCCGCAGAAAGGCGCUUCCCCAGCCUGGCGCAGUUAGUUUGUCCCGGCCUCGCCGAGGAGAGAGAGGAGAGUCGCCUUAACGCGCCCACGUCGGAGAGGCUAACAAAACAAUAACAAGCGAGCCAGGAAAGCACCCGGCUCGGUUGUUACUCAGGAGAACGGCGACUACUCUAAGUGAUAGACAGAGCGAUCUUCUCAUAGCGGUGUAAGGAACCCGAAGAACACAGUCCAGCAUGCCCCCAGGUCUCCUGGAGGUCUGUGGGGUCGCUAGUGGAGAAGAUCUAGAAUCUCCUGAGGAUAUAGACAUCUACAUCAUAGACGACAACUGUAUCCUACAGUGGAACAGCAGAGAGGCAGUGGACAAUGUGACGUUCUCAGCAGAAUAUCGAACAGAAGAGAUGGAGAACUGGUUAAAAUUGCCUGGGUGUCAACAUAUUACGGGGACUGAAUGCAAAUUCUCUUUGCUGGACACAAAUGUUUAUAUCAAAAUAUCAUUUCGAGUAAGAGCAGAAAAAGGAAAGAGCACUUCCCCAUGGAAUGAGGGGGACCCGUUUACUCCGUUUCUGAAAGCUCACAUUGGCCCCCCAGGAGUACGUUUAGAAGCUGAAGAUAAAGCUGUACUAGUAUACAUCACUCGUCCCGGACAAGGUGCGAACAUGUGGGCAAGAGAGAAUUUUAGCUUCAGGUACAGGAUAGUGAUCUGGCAGAAGUCUUCAGGUGCGACACAAAUUAUUGAAACCACAAAUUACACAGAAAGGAUUUUAAAACUGUUACCAGAGACUACUUACUGUUUAAAAGUGGAAGCAAUGCAUAUGUUCCUUAGGAAACACAGCAACUACAGUGCAGUGCAAUGUAUAAACACCACAGUGGCAGAUAAAAUGCCUGUGCCAGAAAACCUAGAACUGGACGCUGAUGGUGAGAGCUAUGUUCUGAGCUGGGACUAUGCGUCUCCAAACGUGAGCUUCCGAGCGCAGUGGCUCCCUAGCUAUUUGAAAAGUAUUUCUGGAGACCACUCGGAUAAAUGGGAAGCCAUUCCGACCUGUGCAGAAGUCCGAACCACACGCUGUGUCUUUCCUCGGGAUGCUGUCCACACAGGAACUUUCUUUCUCCGGGUACAAGCGUCAGAUGGAGAUAACACAUCUUUUUGGUCUGAAGAGAAAUUUAUUAAUUCUCAAAAAUACACCUCCAUUCCCGCUCCGGUCAUUGCCGUCACCCCGUCCCGGGAUUCACUGCUUGUCUACGUCAGCUGUCAGGACAGCCCCAGCACCGCGUGUCAUGGCCUGACUUAUGAAGUCAGUUUCUGGAAAAACACUUCAAAUACUAAGACAAAAGUGGUGAAGGGAAGCCCAGAGUUUACCAUUGGGGACCUGCAGCCACGGACUCUGUAUUGUGUACAGGCCAGAGUACACUCGUUUGCCGUGUGGAACAAGAGCAGCAGCUUCAGUGAGACGCUGUGUAAGGAAACGAGGCCAGGAAAUUCUUCCCAACCCUGGAUUAUAAUUGCACUUAGCCCUGUGAUUUUUUCUGCCCUGGUCCUGGUUUUAUAUGCUGGGAGGAGCCUCCUGAAAUACCUCAGCUAUGUGUACUUUGCAUCCCCCAAGCCUCCUUCCAGUAUUGACGAGUUUUUCUCGGAGCCGUCUGCAAAGAACCUUCUGUUUCUGACGCCCGAGGAACACACCGAGAGAUGCUUCAUCAUUGAAAACACAGACACGGUGGCCGUGGCAGGGGAAAGUCAAGCCCCCGGGGAAGAUCACAGGAAGUACAGCUCCCAGACCAGCCAGGACUCGGGGAACUAUUCGAACGAAGAGGGAAGUUCUGGGGGUGACAGCGGGCCAGGCCUCAGGCCCUCGGACUGACCAGGCCAGCAGACGCGACAUCUCUCCACUGCAGACGUGGAUGGCCACAGUCUGGAGUGAAGUGCAUUCGUCUCUGAGGAGGCAGGCUUGACUGAAGGUGGCUGCCAUAUCUGCCUGCCCACGGCUGGAAUCCCAGGGUGCUGUCGUGUGCCGCAGGUGUGGCCCGUGCUGCACAUGCCAUCUGGUGGUCUCUGUCUGUGUUCAUGUUCUAGGGCAUGUCUAGAACAUGCCUAGAACUGCCGUAGCUCCUGAGGUGUCUCCGAGGUACUGCUGUCUACACUAGCACUUCCUAACCCCUAACUGACCACAGCAGCGGCUUCCGACUAGAACUCAGAGGUCACUGCAGCCAUGGAGAUCUCAGCGUGGCCUGGGGAGGCACGGUCCACUCUAGUGCGUGUGGAUCUAGGAGAUGCCCGUGACAGGACAGACAUGACAGGACAGACGUGGGUCGUCAGUAAGCAGCAGCUAGUGAACUGGUGAGGAGGAAGACCACGUACAGUCAGCCUUCUUGUUGACGCCGUGUGGGUUUCGGUAGCCUUUCUGUGUGACUUUAUAUGGAGGCCGACCUCGCCUCUGUCCGGCAGUAUUCGGGUGCCCCUCUCAGCAUCCACAGUGAUGCUCAUGAGUAUCUUCUGUAGGCAGGACAUCUAGCAAUCCCGGCAACCCCAGGGCGGACUGUCAGUGCAGGCGCGACAGGACCCCAGCCUUGCUCUCUAAGAGGAGCUGAGCCGUGUGGUGGCCCACACCUGUAGUCCCAGCACUCGGGGACGGAGGCAGGCGGAGCUCUCAGUCCCAGGCCAAAGGAGCAGAUGAGGAUGACGGUGUGACCUCCGCCCAUUGCCCUCUGCACCGUGACACUUUAACAUUCCAACCCAGCACUGCUCAUCCUGUGUUCACCCCGGAAGAGCUCCUUCUGACAAGAUGGCCUGCAGAGAAGCGAGGCCGUUAGGAUGUGGGACACGAAGUGAGGGUGGUCCCCCUUACAAGUGCAGACACGGGUCUUCAGGGUGACAUCAGCAGGUGAGGAGGGGACUGCACUGUCCCCUGAAGAAGCAAAGGCAGCUCCACCCGUGUGCUCCGUGAUGGUCUGCAUGGUGCUUCCUCCAGGGUGCUGUUAGAUGACGCGCUCUCCUGAGCAGUCAUGGCGCUCAGGAUGCCGUGCGCGUGGAGAGGUGCUCAGUGGUCAAGGGCACAUCCUGCCCUUGUGGAGGACCGAGUGCAGGCCCCAGCCCCACAUGGUGCCCCGCAGCUGGCCGGAACUCCGGCUCCAGAGGGUGCAGCAUGGGCUUCUGGUUGCCUCGGGCACUAGGCAUGUGCAAGGUGCACAUACAUACAUGUAAGCAAGACCCCCCUACAUAUAAAAGUCAAACCUUUUCUAGAAAAAUAAUUUAGAAUCUAAAAAAAGAAAUACUAGCUGGGCAGUGGUGCACGCCUUUAAUCCCAGCACUCAGGAGGCAGAGCCAGGCGGAUCUCCGUGAGUUCAAGGCCAGCCUGGUCUACAGAGCGAGUUCCAGGACAGGCCAAAACUGCACAGAGAAACCCUGUCUCAAAAAACCAAAAAAAAAGAAAGAAAAGAAAAGAAAUAUUAUGCACUUGAGAGCACCAACAAGCUGCCUAAGAAAUAUUGAUAGUUAGAGAAGCCCAGCACCAUCUAAGAUUAAUGUGACGUGGCCUCGGUGAUGUGUAUGUGCAGAUGUGAACGUAACGGGCUGUGAACACGUCUACACGCCACCCACACAGGUGACCUGGCUGCAUGCCAUUAGGAUUGCCAGAAAGCACCUGUUAACAGUUGAGUCUGAAAUUAGAAAGGCUGUUCUGGGUUAGAAUCAUUUACAGACUGAGCAGAAAUCUGUAACCCAUAAAAAAGUUCUUUUAAAAAUAGGGCAGGCCCAACAGUGCCUGCUUGUUCCCUUCCCAGCUGCUGAGGAAUGCCACAUAGCAGAGCGCCUAGUGUGAGUGUGUACAGGGGGAGACGUGUGUGUUUGUGUAUGAGAUACAGAGCCCGGCAGGCUGACUUCCCACAGCCUCGUAGUUCUCUUGGGGCUGAGGGAGGUGUUCCCAAAGCCUCACGCGCGCGCGCGUGCACACACACACACACACACACACACACACACACUGCAGUCUGUGUGCCUGGCCUGCACUGUCCCUCUGUGCCUGUUUACUGCAGCCUGUAUGCCUGGCAAGCCACACACACACACACACACACACACACACACACACACACACACACACACACGCACUGCAGCCUGGGUGCCGGGCCUGCACUGCCCCUCUGUGCCUGUUUCUCCUGUUGCGGAAGCCUCCAGCAGGGACUACGUUCCUCGCUGUGCCCCCAGCCCCUGUAAUAGUGCAGGACUUGGCACAGACGGGGCUGGCGGCUACCGAGUGAGUGAGAUCCGAAAUGGAGGCGGGUGUUGGUUCUGGUUGGGGGUGGAAGAAGACGAUCGUGUUUCUAUGUUUUGUUUCUGCGCACCAAGUCUGUAUCUUGUCCUUUUGUCCAUUUGUCCGAGGCUCCUCUGCUGUCAAGUGGUUUUACAUAACGAACUGGACCCCGAACUCUGGGUUUGGUGGGUGCUGUCGACCUGGGUUCUGUGUGCCAGAGGUGCUCACAGCAGCAGGAGACCGAUGCCCUGUGGCCAGCAUCCUGCAGAUGGCUUCAUGGGGUGAAUGGGGCAGGACCGUUGCGCUCUGACGUUCUGGAUGCAAACUGCUGUCGCCUGUGUUUCUGUCCCUCGCCCUCCAUCUCACGCGUCCUGAGGGCCCUUCUGCUCUACUCAGGAGGCUCGGGGUGAGGGUGACUUGUAUUGUCAGUUUCCUUCCUCACAGUGGAGGAAAUAAUAAACUCGUCUGGAUUCCUGA